AUGUCCGGGGAAAUCCGGACAUAUGGUAGCCCUAUGUUUAUGAAGCUGUGUGGGGAGAGGGUGAAGAGUGAAGGCCCCAAGCUGGUGCCCUUUUUUAAAGCCACUUGUGUUUAUUUCGUCCUCUGGCUGCCAACUUCCAGCCCUUCCUGGUUCAGUGCCCUCAUCAAGUGUCUGCCCAUCUUCUGCUUAUGGGUUUUUCUGCUGGCACAUGGAAUCAAUUUCUUAGUCGCCCAUCGAAGCGCCAGUAGGAUCUUAGCAGGGUUAAUAUUCUCUGCCGUGGGGGAUGCCUUCCUCAUCUGGCAGGAGCAAGGCUACUUUGUUCAUGGUCUGCUGAUGUUUGCCAUCACACACAUCCUGUACUCCUCAGCAUUCGGGAUGAAGCCUUUGGACCUGAAAGCCGGCUUUGUGAUGACCCUUGUUUCCAGCUUCUGCUACACCUUCCUGUACUCCUACCUCUCAGGCCCCUUCACCUACCUGGUAGCUGUCUAUAUCGCUUUGAUCGGCUUCAUGGGGUGGCGCGCCAUUGCUGGCGUGCAGCUGUGCAAUGACCUCUGGACUUGGACCAAGCUUUCGGCCUGUAUUGGCGCAGUGCUUUUCAUGGUGUCAGAUCUGACCAUUGCAGUUAACAAGUUCUGCUUCCCGGUGCCCUACUCACGUGCCAUCAUCAUGGCCACUUACUAUGCAGCCCAGAUGCUCAUUGCACUCUCAGCUGUGGAGAGCAGGGAUGAAGAGGACUUCAAAAGGAGGAAUUAG